CAGCGCGAGCUCCUGUCAUGCUGAGCCGCAGAGGUUUCUGCACGGACGCUCACAUUUUACUCACAGAGACACGGAGAAAGUUUCAUCUAAAAGCUUGGAGCCAAAAAGAGAAAAAGCAAACUUUCAGCAAUGAAGCCGCGCUGACAGCUGCAUCCAUCGGAAACAACACUUUCGGAUACUACACGGAAACGGUUUGAUCGCAUUGUCUGGUUGAUUCGGCGUUAAUUUUUGAUCCAGUUUACAUUAUAUUUGUGUUUUGUUUUCGGGAUGUUGCAGUGACCAUGGCCGCGCAAGUGGCAUCAGUCCCGGCCGCGUCUAAUAACAAGAGCAAGACUUUAUCUGGGGUUUUGGGACAAGAUUUAAACUCCGGGAAACGGGCAGGAGGAAUAGGGGACGUGAGAAGCGCGAAUAAUAACAAUAACACUAAUACUAAUAACAAUGUGGAUCGGCGCUGCGAUGACCUGAGCCGAACUGGUGGAAGCGUGACAACUUCGGUGUCCUCCUCAUCCUCUUCGUCUUCGUCCUCAUCCUCAUCGUCAAUGUCGUCGAGCUCUCCCGGUGUAGAAACGGGUUUUGUGGCUAAUCAUAAACUAAAGCACGCUCCCGGAGAUAUUCAGUUCAGCCAGUUUCAGCAGCACGGCAAUCAGCGCGCAAUACAGAGUAACCACGGCAGCCAAGACGGCUCCGACAGCCAGAGGUUAGGAGGCAGGGAGAGUGUUGUAGGAGGCAAUUCGGAACAACACAUGUUGAGAAAAAGUGCGGAAGAUCAGCCUUGCAGAACCGCGGAGCCCAUGAGCAGCAGCAGGUACGAGCAAGGCAACUUGGCACCGAAUCUCCAAGCCUCCCAUGCCCAGGGCGCAGGAGGAGGAGGAGGAAGUGGUGGUGGGAAAACACCGGUCUCUGACUUCAAUCACUAUUUUGGAAGUUCAAGAUCAGGACCUUGCUUCGAUCAGCACGGCGCACAGCAGAGCUUUGGCACUUUGAUGUAUCCCGCCACUUCUAAUCAUGUGGAAGCCUCUCCAAACUCCCACGAAGGGCACCAGAAGAGUCAAUACAGCGCUUAUCCGGGCUACGGGGCUGCGGGAUACAGUAACCCGGUCUCUAGUCAAGCCAAAUGCGCCCCGGUUGGGGCCAUGAACAACGCCGGAGGGUUUGCGCGUUUCCCUGGACAGAGUCAGCAUCCUUCCGGCGCGACGCCCACCCUGAACCAGCUGCUCACUUCUCCGGGGCCCAUGAUGCGAUACUAUGAAUACAACAGCGGCAAAGAUGCGAGCUCUCAGUACGGGUGUGGAGGCUCAGGGUGGCCGGGACAGAGAACUAAUCCCGGGGCUGCCACCAGCGCUCAAACCGCCAACCGGAACCAGGUGGGGUCUAUGGACUUCAUGGUGAUGAAGCGCUCACAAAUGUACGGCAUGAGCAGCAGUCCAUACUCUCAGCAGCAGCAGGGUGUCCCUUAUCCCAGUCAGCCCUACGGAUCUCCUUCUCCACACAGAUACCCGAUGGCCAUGCAGGGCAGGGGACAGAUGAGCAUGGGUGCGAUGCCAUAUCCUCAACAACAGGUACCUGCUCAUUUUGGCCAGCAGGGCAUGGGAGGAUACUGUCCUCAGGGCCAGCCAGGGUACUACAGCCAGUCUCAGCAAUCCCAGCAGCCUCAGCAGCAGGCACCCUACAGCCAGCCUCGUACUACUACACAGCAGGAGACUCAGGAGAGCUAUGGAAACAGAAACCAACCUGCUGGGAACGCUGGGAAACCCAACCACGAUGAGAUGGGAUUGAUCCAGCAGGAUCGUCCCUCUAGCCUGCCGGACCUGUCAGGCUCCAUCGAUGAUUUGCCCAUGGGAACUGAAGCUCCUCUCAACUCAGCCAUCAGUGUCUCUGGUCCCUCCAACAGUCAGGGAGACCAGAGCAACCAGACUCAAUCCCCCUUCUCACCACACACCUCUCCUCGUGUCUCCAGCAUGCGACCUGGACCCUCGCCUCCACCCAUAGCCUCGCCCAGUCCCGCCGGCUCCAACCAGAUCUCCCCCACCAACGGCCCAGGACCCCAGCUUGCACCACAGAACGCUGGGAACAUAUCUGACUCUGGCUCCAACUCCAGCAUGAACCAGAUUCCCAUGGCUCAGGACAGAGCCUUCAUGCGGAGGAGUCAAAACCAGUAUGGUCCUCAGCAGUCCGGCCCGCCCAUCUCUCCACAUCUGUCAUCCAGGAACCAGAUGCAGCAUGGGAUGAGCGUCUAUCAGCAGAACUCCACUGGUUCCUACGGACCUCCGAGCGGUCCCUACGGCCCACAAGGUAACUACUCGAGACAUCCCUAUGGAGGAAUGACCACCACUAACUGCAGCAGUCUGGGGCCUGGCAUGAACAACAGCCUGGGCAUGAACGCCAGCAGCCCCAUGCAUGGACAAGGACCAGGGCAACCCAUGUCCAUGGGCCGUACACCAGGACCCCCUGGCAAUCGAGUCUACGUGAGUGGUGGGAACAGCAUGGCACCCACUUCUCCCAGCAUGCCACAGUCCGCUGGUCCAGGGAUGGGUCCUCCUGCAGGAAAUGUGAAUCGUAAAGCUAUGGAUGGUCCAAUGGCAACAGUGCAUCCAACAGGCAACUCUGCACAGGGGAGGCAGGGUGGUUAUUGUGGAAUGAUGGGCACAGGCUCAUCAUAUAGCCACCAAGUGGGAAAUGCCACAGCAAUGAUGUCACCACAGAGCUGCAGCUCCACUACGUCUCCUUCAGGCCCCAUGGGAGAGAGUGGAGACGUGGCAAUGCCUGCAGACUCGAAGCAGAAAUCCAGCAGUAAAGAGGAUGUGAUUCCUGUUGCCGAACCUCACAAACUCCCAAAGGAUGGCUCCAGCUCUCAGUGUGGUUCAGAGCCCCCCACUCCAUCAGCCCUGACCCCCAGCCCGGCUAGUCUGUCCUCCUACCACGGGGAUGACAGUGACAGCAUCAGCAGUCCUGCAUGGCCCAAAACUCCCUCCAGUCCAAAAUCGGGCUCUGGCACUACGACAAACGACAAGGUUUCUCGGCUGUACGAAAUGGGAAGCGAGCCAGAGAGAAAGAGCUGGGUGGAUCGUUAUCUGUCCUUCAUGGAGGACAGGGGGACUCCGGUUCCUCACCUCCCUGUCGUGGGCAAAAAACAGCUGGAUCUGUUCAAGUUCUACAUGGCUGUAAAGGACCUCGGUGGCUUGGCCAUGGUGAAUAAGAAUAAGAAAUGGCGCGAGCUGUCCUCCACACUCGGAUUAGGCACGUCCAGUAACGCUGCCAGCUCUCUGAAGAAGCACUACAUCCAGUAUCUGUUUGCGUAUGAGUGUAAGGUGGAGAGAGGUGAGGAGCCUCCGCCUGACUCCUGCCCCAGUGCUGACGGCAAGAAACAAGGCAAGACCGAGCCUCCGUCUCCUGCCACCUCAGGCUCUCUACAGGGUCCUCAAACCCCUCAGUCGACGGGCAGCAGCUCCAUGCCUGAGAUGCCCGGUGAACUGAAACCGCCCACGCCAGCCACCACGCCGCAGGGCCACAUCAGUAUCCCAGGCAACAGCAAUAAUUCAGUCAGUAUCCAAGACCCGUUCUCAGACAGCAGUGAUCCUGCAUUCCAGAAAAGGACCAUACUGAGCUCUGGAGGCUCUUAUCAAUCAGCCAUGAACCCCAUGGACUCCAUGAUGAGGAUGCAGUAUGAAAAUAAGGACCAUUUUGCAGGAAUGAGGAAAGCCGUAGGUGGAGAUCCAUGCAUGCCAGCUCAGAUGACUCCUGCUGGCAUGCAGGACAUCUAUAGCAGGAGUCCCUCGAGUGGCCCCAUGGCAGGACUGGGUAUGGGUCAGCGUUCUCAAUAUCCUUAUGGACCAGCUUAUGAUCGCAGAUCAGACCAUUUAAUGGGGAUGGAUGGGAGUAUGGGUCCUCAUGGGAAUCAAGGCAACAUGAGUCAUGCUAACAGUGAUGGUAGCAUGUACUCUCCUAACAGAUACCAUAAUCAACAAAGACAUGAUGGCUAUGGACAGCAGUAUCCUGGUAUGCCAUAUGGCGUCCACCCUCCAGGGAUGUACCCUCAACAGGGCUACAAGCGACCCCUGGAUGGAAUGUAUAGCCCCCCUGCUAAGAGGCAUGAAGGAGAGGUUUAUGGGAUGCAGUAUGGAGGCCCACAGACAGACAUGUACAGUCAGUAUGGCGGAAAUUAUCCAGAGCGUCGACCCAUGCAGACUCCCUUUCCUUAUCCGUAUAGCCGGGAACGACUGCAGAAUGCAACCCAGGGGCCUCAGCAUCAUCCUGUGCAGCACAGCAUGAUGGGUACUGGACAUUCAGUGCCCACAGGAGAUGGCCCAACACACAUGUGGCCCUCAAGGACAGACAUGGCUUAUUCUUACUCUAAUAGACAUGGGACACCUAGUCAAAGCUCUCCAUACCCAGGGAUGGGACGCAUAGAUGACAUGGAUGGAGUCAGAGCAGACAAUCAGUGGCCUGGGCAUCAGCGCCAAACGCCGUACAUAUCCAGUCACUCUAACUCCAUGGCUCUUCUGAAUUCACGACCUCCAUCUUCCUACCAGACCUCUAACCAUAUCUCCUGUGAACCGAGCCCAGGAUCAUUUCAGCGCUCUAUGGAAGUGCACAUGCAACCCAACAAGAUGGCCUUUAUGCAGUCUAUGAAGAUGCACAAGCCAGGAAUGCCGGUUCCAAGUGGCUCGGGGAGUGGAGUCCCGGGUCAGAUUCCACCAAACAUGAGGAGAGACUAUCCAAUGGGGUGUGUGGAAGGGAGCCAACCACUCUUGAAACCUCGUCGCAAAAUGACCUCAAAAGACACUGGAACCCCAGAAGCCUGGCGAGUGAUGAUGUCACUCAAGUCAGGACUUCUGGCUGAAAGCACAUGGGCUCUGGAUACAAUCAACAUCCUCCUUUAUGAUGACAGCACUGUAGCCUCAUUCAAUCUGGCUCAGUUGCCUGGAUUCCUAGAGCUGAUCAUUGAGUAUUUGAGAAGAUGCUUGAUCGAGAUCUUUGGUAUCCUGGAAGAAUAUGAAGUGGGGACUCUCGGCCAGAAGACUCUGCUUGGUCCAGUUGAGGAGGAAAAUGAGCAGGACUCACUCAAAUCAGACAAUCCCUGUGAGCUAGAGUGCAGCCAAGAACCAGAGAAAAAUUCCAUGGACUCUCCGCCUGAAUCUUCUGAGACAGACCCAGAGUUAAAUCAGGAAGGUCAGAACAAGAACGAGACGUUGAAAAAUGAGACAGAUGAGAAAAAUGAAGAGAAAACUGAGGAUAUUACGGAGCCUCUUGAGGGCCAUUCGUCAACAAUGCCAGAACCGAGACCUAAACAGGCCAGCAAGUAUGAUAAACUCCCUGUCAAGAUUGUUCAAAAAGAUGAUUUUAUCAUGGAUAUUUCUGAUGAGCUUGGCCAUGUGCAGAAGUUUGACAGUGGGCUACUCCACUGGAAAGCAGGAGGAGGGGACUCCACAAGCUACAUCUUAACACAUUUUGAGAGUCGUGAGGAGUGCACCGAUGAUAGUGUCGAGAGCAAACAACACUGCUGUGCUAAAAAAUCAGAGGAGGUACAUAACAACCAAGUUGCAACUAUAGACGAUGUGUUGUCCCCAAGAUUGAGAGCUCUCUCUGAGGAAGAAAACACGCCAACCUCGCCAAGCAAUUCUUCCUAUUCCUUACGCCUUUUUGAGAGCCAGAAAGGGAUAACUGUACUGGAGGAUGAACCUCACUGUCCAGAUGAACCUCCACUGUGCACUGAAUCCAGCUGGCAGGACUCUUUGUCCAAACGUUGCAUAUGUGUCUCUAAUAUCAUUCGCAGCCUGUCCUUCAUCCCUGGAAAUGAUACUGAGAUGUCUAAGCAUCCAGGCCUGAUUCUGAUCCUUGGACGAUUGCUGCUGUUGCAUCACGAGCACCCAGAGAGGAAGAGAAUUGUCCCUAGCUAUGACAAAGAAGAAUAUCACAAGGAGGAAGAAAUCAAGCCCUGCAGCAGGAAUGAGUGGUGGUGGGAUUGUCUGGGGGUGCUGAGGGAGAACACUUUGGUCACGUUGGCCAACAUUGCCGGGCAGCUAGACCUGUCGAUUUACCCAGAGAGUAUAUGCCUUCCCGUCCUUGACGGCUUGCUCCACUGGAUGGUGUGUCCUUCAGCUGAGGCCCAGGACCCGUUUCCUUCAGCAGGACCACAUUCACAGCUCAGCCCAAGAAGAUUGGUGCUAGAAAGCCUGUGUAAACUCAGCGUUCAGGACGGCAACGUAGACUUGAUCCUGGCCACACCACCCUUUAGUCGUCAGGAGAAGUUCUUUGCCACACUGGUGCGUCAAGUGGGGGAGCGCAAACUGCAAGUUUACCGCGAGAUGGCAGUGGCCAUGCUGUCCAACCUGGCUAGAGGGGAUUCUUCAGCGGCACGUGGCAUCGCCAUUCAGAGAAACAGUGUUGGCAACCUCGUAGGCUUCCUAGAGGAUGGAAUUGCCAUGACUCAGUAUCACCAAAAUCCACACAGUCUGCUACACAUGGGUCAUCCUCCCAUGGAGCAACCCAGUGUGAGCAUGAUGUGUCGAGCUGCCAAAGCGCUGCUGGAACUGGCCAAGGUGGAGGAGAACAGGCCUGAGUUUGUGCUGUAUGAAAGCAGACUACUGGAUAUUGCCAUCUCCUCCGUGCUUAAUGUAAGUGUGGUGGCCAUCAUCUGUGAAGUACUCUUUCAUCUCGGCAAGUCAUGACAAAAGGCGGAACGCCUUUAAAACUGUAUCCCACCAAUCAUGCGGAUGACGCACUUUCAUAUUUAUAUUUAAAAUCAAAGUUGCUUUAUAUAUGAAUAUAUGAAAUAAAUCAAUAUGAACAGCUUCUGUGUCCAACUCUUUCGUUCGAGGAUUUUAGAAAAUGAUUUUAAUACAGAUAUUUAAUAUUGUCGUUUGAAUGUUUGUCUUUUGCUUAUUUCAUUUUUAUUUUAAUAACCAAAUGUCUGACUUUUGGUUCAGAAGAUUUACGAUUAUCUUUUUUCCCCACUCUCUUUAUAAACUUUUGGAAUUUUUCUAAGUGUACAUAAUCUGUAUCUGUGGAUUUGUUUUUAAAAGCAGAAUUAUUUAAGAUCGGAGAAUACUGUAGAUAGUAGCUUCUGUUUGAUAUUUGCUAUGAGAAAAAUAAACUUGCUUUUACCCAUUUUGUUAUAUCCACAUCUGGAAAAUUAAUUGUGCAAUAUUAUGGUGCAAGUUGCCUACUGAAGGCAAGAGAAAUGUGAUUUCUUUCCCAUAUCUAUCAUGCAAAUAACAUGCUUCACCAUGAGGCGGCAGUAUUGUAUCAGUUGUUGGAAAAAAACAACAAAACACACAUAUAUAUAUAUAUAUAUACACACACACACACACACAAGCUCAUUUUGGACUACAAAUAUUUGUUUGCCUUCUUGGUGUUAAAUCGGUUGCUAUAUCUAACAAUGGAAGUUUGUAUUUAGGACUUGCUUUACCUUACUUCCACGUUGAAAUCCCAAGACACUGUUGUAUAUAGACCAUGUUGUACUUUUUUUUAUUAUUAUUAUUAUUAUUAUUAUUAUUAUUAUUAUUUGUUUUGAUUUUCCCAGAAAUGUGGUAACUACAAAAGUGAUUGUAGUUUGUAAAGAUGAAUUUAUUGUUCUUGUGAUUACAUCUAUGAUAACUAUUGGUAUUUUGUAAAUGAGGUCCCGUUUUGGAUUGAGGGUAGUGAAUGUGUUCUGUCAGUAUAACGUUUCUGUAUGCGCUCUUUAAUAGCUGACCUCUGAUCAGACUUUGGUAAUCAAACGUUGAAGUGCCAUGGUCAGCGCAUCACAUGCUAAGAUUACAUGAAAAUAGACAGCUAAUGCAAGAUCUGUUUUUAUUAUUAUUAUUAUUAUUAUUAUUAUUAUUAUUAUUAUUAUUAUUAUUAUUAUGGGA